CCUCGACCCGCUCGAAGGAUCACAUUGAGCACCAUCUGAGCACCAAACUGCUCUCCGGUAUUUUUUAAAACAAAUUUCCUCCAAUUUUAUUUGGGACUUCAACUGUUCUAAAUUUUAUUAUUUGGGCCUUUGACCUAUUCCGCUCGCUUGCUGUGAAAUUAGGUCGGAGGGACGAAACAAGGAAUUUCCGCUAGUCACAAAAAAGAGCUGUGGGUGCGAUAUUGAUUUUUCACAAUGCUCAAGUUCGCGAGUGUUUUGGUUUUUAUUUUCGCCGUUUCGGCGGCCGAGUACGUUCCAGCACUAGUUUGGCAGUUCGGCUCGGAAAUCGACCCGGUCAAAAUCGAGCCUGCAUUGCACAAAUAUUCCACUGACAAAUUCAAAGAUUUGGUGACAAAACUAGCAACCAACAAGGACCUAGUUCUUGUGUUUGCGGAAGAAAAUUUGAGUGUGGAGGAUUUUAACUGGCAGGACGUUUACGGCCAGUCGUCUUUCCCAAAGCUGAGUGAUUAUUCCGCGAGGCCCAACACAAACUUCUACUCUCACGUCGAGGACCCUUUCAUUGCCCUGAUGGAUCUUCAGGGCGCCCAGUGGUCCGACACGAAACUCGAUCUUGACCUGCCAUCGAAAAUCUUGAGCAGAAAACUUAGCUCGCAGUUCGUUUUGGUCAACAUGGACGACGCGGCUGAUUUUGAGGACAGGCCUAAUUUCCUCAAACGUCAUGAUGAAAUCGUCAGUCGGGCCUUGGAAGCGGCAAAAAGUUCUUACGACAAUGUCCUGGCGAUUUACACUGGACACCACUCGUCCUGGACACCUGAAGAGAUGACAAUUAGGAGGGUCCGCUCCCUAUUGCAAGCUGAAGAACCUGCACUCAACGCCUCCAGAUUCAUCAACGCUGGCAACCUGACCUACUUGUAUUAUUCAUCCCCACCUAAUGCCACGCUUGGAGAUACCUCCAUUUCUUUGGUGAACCUUUUGGAGGCAAGAGUGGAGCAAGAAGAAGAUUCUCCCAUAACCCUUUACUUAACAUAUGACCAUGAGGGAACCAACUUCACCGUUAUUUUCCCAUUUGCUGAGAGAACAGCUCGCUACUGGAAUUUGGACAGGAUUUCCGUCCAGUACGGAAGUGACGAGUACCAACUGGGAUCUUCAGAAAUAUACGCGCCUUUCGGCUUUUCCUACCACUGCAGUCUGGACACGACUUUCUCCAACAAAACCACCAAUGACGUCACAAACAGCAUCACAUUUACCGACUUUCAAAUUGAGCCUCAGCCACCAAAUGUAGAAGAAACUCGUUUUAGCGACGCAUACGACUGCAUCCCCUUCUUCACAAUGGCCAUUUGGUCCGGCAUUUUGGUGUCUAUCAUCCUCAUUCUUUUCCUCACUAUGGGAUUAAUGAUGAUCCUUGAGAUCAAAGUCAUGGACCGAUUUGACGAUCCAAAAGGAAAAACCAUUACUAUUAAUGCUGGGGAGUAAAAAGCAAAUAAUAUAUUUUGAGUCAUUCUUGUUCCUAUUUUUUUUAAUUUACAGUAUUUGUGCCAUUUUUACUUAUUUAUUUAGGUUUUCAAAGUGCCAUUCCAAUUUUUUUUUUAUUACUUUAUACAAAGAAUUUAAAAUUGUUUGUUAAAAUGUAAAUGUUUUGAGUAUUCAAAAUAUUGUUGAACAAUAUUGCGCAGCCCUUGAAAAAAGAAGUUGUCCUUGUUUGAACUGUGAUCCUGAUAAACUAAAGUUGAUACUUAUAUCGCCCCAAUAAUAAUGUGCAUAAAUUAUAACAAUAGUAAUCAUCUUAUCAAAAUAUAUGAAGUUGUUGUUAACGUAUUAAAAAGGACUUGCGACAAAUAAUUAAUAAAAUUCCAAAACUUGCCAGUUGACAAACCUUAUGUUGUAAU